AUGGCUAAUUAUUUGAAAGACAUCUUGGAUCAAGAGAAACUACCUUCGCUUAACACAUGGACGUCAAAAUCGGGCACCGGAGUUGUGACCAAUCGAAAAUCGGCUGCUUGGUCAGGAGAGGAUAUUCGUACGUCAGUUACAAAUGGUCUCUACAGGACCGAUCCCUUGACCACAACACUAAAGCCAAGACCACCUUCACCGACCCAGAUUAGAAGGAAUAUUUUAGAAUUGCAGGACCAAGUAAAUUCGUACAAAGAUGAAAUGGCCAAAAAAGACGCCCUCAUCCAACAGUUAACAAGUUUGGAAAAUGCCUCAGCUACUGUACAGACUGCCAGCAAAUCGUUUGACCAUGUUCUGCAAUUUGAACCACUCACCUUCAUCGAUCGACAGAAUCUAGAAACUACAAGGGCCGAACUAGCAAGUCUUCAAGUUAGAAAUGAAAAGCUCCAGAUAUUACUGAAAGAAAGUGAAAAUGUUAUUGAAGAGAAAGAAAUAAAAAUCCGUGAACUCCAGAACCAAAGCGAAAGCUACCGGGGUACUGAAAACACUUAUCUGGCAAACAUUCAGUCCCUAAAGCAAACUAUCCAGAGUCUGGAAAACAAAACAAAUCAGUUUGAAUCUGUGGCAGGGAGAGGAGAGAUUGCGCUUUCUACAUUCCAAAAACAAAAUAGAGAACAGCAGCAAAAAAUACUCGACCUGGAAUCAAGACUCAGAAAGCAACUGGAUGAGAAAGAGCAAGCAGAGAACCAAGCUCACCAUUAUCAAAAAAAAUUCCAAGAUUUGGUUACGAAAAUUGCCAGCAUUCUAAGAUGCGAAGAAUCCACAUAUGAAGAAGUCCCUGAAAAUUUUGAGAGUCUUUGCACAAAGAUUUCAGAUAUUGUUCAUGAAAAUGCUAUGCUGAAGGGUAAGCUUGUCACUCUGGACGAGAUGUUAGCAAACAGCGAGAUGGAAAGCAAGGCCAGCCGGGAAACUAUCACAAGGCUCGUGUCAGAGAUUAGCAGAGAGCAGAAAGUCACUUCACAUAGUUCUUUUGAACUGAACAACUUACGAAUAGAACGUGAUAGUGCAAUUGAUAAACGAAAAGAUCUUGAAAGAGAAAUUGAACAUUUGAAAGAAAGACUACAGUCGUGUCAGAAAGCAUUUGACAGUUCACAGAAUGAACUUAAGAUGCGGGACUGUCGUCUUUCAGCCAUGGACCGAGAAGUGAGGGAGUCAGGACAUAAUAUCAAAACAGCACAGACACAACUUCAUCUCUUCCGAGAACAACUGGCAUCAAUUUUGGGUGAUGCUUACCACCUCAUUCAAGCUAAUGAUGAAGAUAUCAAGGAACGAUGCAAGUACCUUGUAACAAAGUACAAAGAACAUACCAAUAUUAAUCUAUCUAUCUGUCUAUUUUACUCAGUUUUAUCUAUCUAUCUAUCUAUCUAUCUAUCUAUCUAUCUAUCUAUCUAUCUAUCUAUCUAUCUAUCUAUCUGUUUGACUGUCUGCCUCAACUUGAGAUCAAUGAUAAACAUAUCCGAAACUUCUCGACCAAUUGAGAAUCAGCAUAGUCUUCAUCAGGAAGCCUUGGAGAAAGUUAAACUUGCAGACUUGCGAUGCAUUGACAUGGAAGAACGUCUUCGUAUCAAUGAAGGGGAGCUGGCCACUGGUGACAUACUACGCUCUGGCUUUAAGUCCGACAAAGAAAAGUACAUGCGUUGUUUGGAAAAUCUGGCCAGCAUAAUGAAAAUGGAAAAUAUCUCUGAAGACGUUGGCCUUGAUUCAACUAUCGACGCCCUGACUGCCCGAGCCGAACAACUUGUCAAACUCGAGGCGAACACGCUUGUUGAACGAAGCACCCAGAUUUAUGGACAACAGAGAAAACUGAAGGGGCUUCGGGAACAGCUCCAAAGUAAAGAUCUACACUUGGAUCUUCUGCGAAAGAAGAUUACUAGUCUUGAAGAAAGGAUCCACGGGAGGACGGAGUUAGAAAAAGAAAGAGAUUCCGAGUCGAUGAAGGUUCGUAAGAUGGAAAAAGUAUCCGAGAAAUAUAAGAUGCAACUGAGAGAAGCAAAAGCCGAGAUUACGGGACUUAAAGCCCGUCUCCUUGAAUCCAGUGACCUUAAGGUGUGCUCUUUGGAACAGAAAAAAAACAUUGGCGAUCUUGCAAAGAAAAUAGAAGAACUGGAAACGAUUCGCCUGCGACAAGCUCACAAGAUUUCCGAACUGGAAGACAAAUGCAAGCUCCAAGAACUGGAAAGGAAAGAGAAGAAUUCGGCCUCACACAAUGCUGUUCAGUCCUUGUCAAGUGAGCUAAAGACAACGAAAUUAGCUUUGUCUGCAAUUGCAGAUAGAGAGAAGCAGCUGAUUGACUUCCGCAAUGUGAUUUCCCGAAUGUUGGGCUUAGAUAUCAACACGCUGGCUAUUCCGGAUUACGAAAUAAUAUCUCGUCUCGUUUUUCUGCUUAUUUCUCUAACGUUUUUUCUUUCACUUGUUUCCGUUCUUGUUCCUUUGUCUUUUGAUCAACUCCAUCGACUUUUUUUCAUGGUGAUUAUUUUUUCUUCUUUUCCUUCUUUUCUUUCUCUUACUAUUCUCUUCUUAACUUUUCUCUUCUUCUUCUUCUUCAUUUUCAUUCUCUUCUACUUUUCCUUCUUUAUUCUUACAUCUCCUUUAACUUUCCUCUAUCUUAUUUCAUUCUUUUUUUUAUUCUUUCCUUCUCUUUUUCCCCAAUUCUUUCAAAUCUUCUUUCUUUUUAUUCUUUUUUCAUCUCUUUUUCUUACGUCUUUCUUCAUUUAUUCUUGUAUACCUUCUUUCCUUUCCUUCUUUUUAUUUUUUCUUUCAUAUCAUUUUAUCUUUCUUUCCUUGCUUCUUCUUCAUACUUUUUUCCAUAAUCUUUCUUUUUCUUGGUCUCAUUCAUUUGCUAUGAUUUUUUUCCUUCUAUCUUUUUUUUGUUUCUCUCCCUUCCUCCUUUCUCCUCCAUUUUACUUCAUUAACCCUCCUCUCUCUCUCUCUUUCUUUCUCUGUCUCUCUGUCUCUGUCUCUGUCUCUCUCUCUCUCUCUCUCUCUCUCUCUCUGUCAAAAACAAAUUCUUCUUUUUUCCAUUUGCCUUCAUUUUCUUCUCUCUCCCAUUCCUUCAUUUUUUUCUCGUCUCCUUCAGUUUUUUCUCCCUCUCUUUCCUUCAGUUUUUCUUCUCUCAGGCUUUCUUUCAUUUUUCUUUCUGAUCUCCUUCAAUUUUUCUUCUCUCUCCUUUUCCUUCAUUUUUCUUUCUCUUCUCUUUCAGUUUUUUCUCACUCCCUUUACUUCAUUUUUCUUUCUCGUCAUCAGUUUUCCUUCUCUCAGCCUUGUCCUUCAUUUUUCUUCCUCUUCUCUUUCAGUUUUUCUUCUCCCUCCCUUUCCUUCAUUUUUCUUUCUCAUCUCCUUCAUUUUCUUCUUCUCUUUUCUUAUCGUUUUCUCUCAUUUUCUUCUUCCUCUUUCUUAUACCUGUGA